CCUGAAUAUUAAUCAAACUGAAACCUUGUCAUCCGAACGAAAAGAUGAGGACAGCCUUGCUGAUUAUCGAUAUGCAGAACUUCUUUGCGGAAAUGGUGGCUGGCUCCAAGAUUCACGUGCUCGAGCUUUGCAGCUACUUCAGAGCCAAAAAUAUGCCGCAAUACUUCACACAGCAUGGUCACUCUCAAGACGAACUCAUGAAUAAGAAACCUAACCAGCUCGUUCGCAAAUGGGGUGCAAGCGGCUCGAUCGCAACGGGAAGUGAGGACUGGCAGCUCAUUCCUGAAAUCGCGGAUGCUUGGUCGGCGGCGGGAAAACCACCCAUUGUUGCCAAAAAUACGUACGACGCUUUCAUCAACACCGACCUUGAGACGAGGCUGCGAGAUGAGCGCGUCGAAAGGCUGCUGGUCGUAGGGGUCAUGACCGACUGUUGUUGCGACACCACAGCUCGAAGCGCGUUCAACCGAGGAUUUGAGACGUGGCUUAUAAACGAUGCGUGUGGCACUGCGAGUGAAGCACAGCACAAAGCCGCCUUAAAAUCAUUUAAGUUUGCUUUUGGGGAGGUCAUAGAUACGGCUACUGCGUUGAAAAAGCUCCGAGAGGAAUAAUGCGUGCAUUCUUCCUGGGUUUUGCUCCAAGGAACAGAGACAUGUGUCCAAACCUUGGGGAUACUCUAUGUGAAGCUGGUUGGGACUGGGACCUGGAAAUCGUACAAAGAUGCAACUUGGUACGGUAACGUUCGCCAUUAAUGUGUUGACAAACCGAUGAUUCGUGAUGAUGCGACCAUGAUUGCACCUCGUUCAUCAAUUGGAAAUUGAGGAAGUAUGAUCUUCGAAAUUCCUGUAGA